GAUUGGCGGAGCGGCCAGUGGACCUGGACGCCGGCCUGAGAGGGAUGGAGGCGGCCGAGGCGGCCGGCUCCGGGGGGGACUUCUCCGCCGCCGCGCCCAGCUCGCCCCGCGGCGCCCCGGCCGUGCCCGGCCCCACCCGCCUGCGCGCCUUCCUCUGGUGCCGCGAGUUCCUGGCCGGGGCCUGGCGCCGCCUCUCCGCCCCCGAGCAGCUCGGCCUCACCCCCGUCAGUGGAGGGCUCAGUAACCUUCUCUACAAAUGCACCCUGCCCGAUCACGUGGAGACGGCGGAGAAUGAGCCGCGGCAAGUUCUGCUGCGCAUCUACGGGGCCAUCCUGCAGGGUGUCGACUCGCUGGUUCUGGAGAGCGUCAUGUUUGCCAUCCUGGCGGAGCGGUCCCUCGGGCCACGUCUCUAUGGCAUCUUCCCACAGGGGCGCCUGGAGGAAUACAUCCCGAGCCGCCGUCUGAUCACCGAGGACUUGCCGGACCCCAGCAUAUCGGGAGAGAUCGCCAUGAAAAUGGCUCGUUUCCACGGUAUGGUGAUGCCCUUCAACAAGGAGCCAAAGUGGAUGUUUGGGACCAUGGAGAGGUACUUGAAGCAGAUCUCUGAACUCACCUUCCCCCAGGAGGCUCAGCUGCGGAAGCUCAACAAGCUCAAGGCGUACAACCUGGAGGCUGAAAUGCGCAGCCUCAGAGCUCUCCUGGAGGCGACUCCGUCCCCCGUGGUUUUCUGUCACAAUGAUGUUCAAGAAGGGAAUAUUCUGCUCCUAGCUGGGCGUGAGAACCUCUCCUCUGACCGCCUCAUGCUCAUUGACUUUGAGUACAGCAGCUACAACUACAGGGGUUUUGACUUGGCCAACCACUUCUGCGAAUGGGUGUACGACUACUCCUAUGACCAGUGGCCUUUCUACAAAGCCAGCCCGGAGAACUACGCAAGCCGGCCCCAGCAGCUGCUCUUCAUCCGGAGCUACCUGUCUGAGGCCCGUGGAAAGAGUGCGCCUCCGUCCCCGGAAGAACAGGAGAGGCUGGAGGCUGAGAUGCUCCUAGAAAUCAGCAGGUUCACGCUGGCCUCCCACUUCUUCUGGGGCCUGUGGUCCAUCUUGCAGGCCAAGAUCUCUACCAUUGAGUUUGGCUACCUGGAGUACGCGCAGUGCCGCUUUGAGGCCUACUUCCAGCAGAAGGCGUUGUGUGAGUGACCGCCCCCUUUCCCCGGUGGGGCCUCCUCUCUGGGUCGGCCAGCUGGUGGACUCCGAUUGCGCCGUGGACCUCGCGGGACGUCUGCACGGACCAAAUGCCUCAAAGACAGUCCAGCUGGCUGGCCAGCCCUGGUUCUGCAACAAGAUUUCUGCUUUCGCGGGGGUGGUGGGGGCCACCCCAGAGAUGCUUGGAGGGCGGGGGGGGGGGGGGGGCCCAGGCCAGCUUCCUCCGGGGCUUGUGCAGGUUGGUCACAGAAGUGAAGGCUGUGGUCUAGCUCAAGUGCCCCGGUGUGGAAUUUAGCGGAACAGCCACGUGGGACCAUUGGGAAGGAGACCUUUGCACAAGGCGGGGGGGGGGGGGAUAAGAAGUGCCCCCUGACCCCCCUCCCCUUCCCAUUUGCUGCUCUCCUCUGAACUUACAGGUGCUCAAUGCCUCCCCACCCCCCUGAGGGCCAGACGGUUUUGUCCCCUCCCCGUCCUCUCUUUGGGCGUCUCCAGAUAACCAGGACAGACGUCUCCAUCUUUGGGCUGGCCCCAGACGUCCUCUGGAGGCCCAGAUGCUCCUGGCUGCUGCUGCUGCUGCUGGGAGGCUGGGGGGGGGGGCGUGGGGGCAGCAGUGAAAGGGUGUCGCUCUAGACUAGAGCCUGUUGCUUGUUUGUGAGGCAUUCUUCAUUGGCAAGAGACGUGUAGAGAGGGGCCCAGGCAGCGUGGCAGGGAGUGGGGUGGGCCUCAGAGGACCCUCCCAGUAUGUUCUGGUGGGGGCUUCUCUGUCUGGCUCUGCUGGGGGGGACUGGCAGGCUCCUCUCCAAGGUAGGAGGGCCACCCCAAGAAAAGGUUUCCUGUGGGGAGGGGGGAAGCAGCAUCCAAGUAUUCUUCCCUUUCCGUCCUGCUUCUUUCUGUGUGAAAAGGGGGCGUGUUGAUCUGGUGGACGCUGCGGCUGUGUGUUGUGAGAGUGUGUUGCACAGGACCUAGCCAUGCUGCAGGUUUGCCCUCGCCCACCUGCUGUAGAAAGACUUGUUUCCACCUCUCUCAGGGGCUCUUCUGCUGGGAUCUUGCCCACCUGCUGUGGAAUGUCGUUGCUGCAACCGCCAAUAAAUACGUGGCACCUUU